AUGUCUUUUUCAGUCUCCCAGCCAACCCUGGCGCAGCCGGAUGCACUGCUGGUCUUUCCAGGCCAAGUGGCCCAACUUUCCUGCAGGCUGAUACCCCACAACACCCCCAUCAGGGAUUAUACAGUGUCUUGGUACCAGCAGCGGGCAGGCAGUGCCCCCCGUUACCUCCUCUACUACCGCUCAGAGGAGGACCACUAUCGGUCCCCUAACAUCCCUGACCGCUUCUCGGCAGCCAAAGAUGAAGUCCACAACAUGUGCAUCCUGACCAUCAACCCUGUGCUGCCUGAGGACGACGCAGAUUAUUACUGCUCUGUGAACUACAAACUCUAGGGGUGGGAUUUGGGUUGGAUGUCUACUGUCUGCCUCCUAUUUCUGCCCCUUGCUUCGGACACCUCUUUUUCUGAGCCUUGAUUUUCCGCCUCUGUAAA